AAUGAAUUCUAUGAACAAAAUUGCAUGAUGGAGUACAAAAGAAUUAAAGUGAUACAAAAGAAUCCAAAUCCUUUGUUUAAAGCAUGGCUUAAGGAGUGGAUUGAAGAUGCUGAGAAGAAGAAAAAACGGAUUAGCAAAACUUAUCAAAGAGCACUUGACUCAUUGAAUAAAUAUCCUCUGACGCUCUACAGUGGGUUUGAUUGCGCAGUGUUAGAAAAUUUUGGACCAAAAAUAUGUCAAAUGCUUGAUGAGAGACUUCAGAAACAUUUGAUUGAUGAACCUUCUUCAGAAUCAAAACAUUACAAAGAUAAAUUGAUCGAUCUCAAAAAAGCUGAAACGUUGAAAUUUUCUGAUUUGGUAAGAAGCAUUGAGGCGGCAUAUUUGAUAGAUAAUUCAAGCAUUUCAACUCAAUGUGAUGUUGUCAAUGAAGAAAAAGGGGAAGAAAGAGAAAUUUCAUUUCAAAUUGAUCUUACAACAAGUGAUCACGAAAAUGAACUUGAAAAUCUCUCAGCCAAUAAGGAUAUAGAAAUUGAUGAUAAUCUGUUAACGUCAUCAGAUUCAGAAGAUUCUUUUGAUCGAUUAGCUCGUAAAUAUGAUUUUGAAAGUGGAAUAAAAAGAAAGCAAAAAGUCAAACCAAAUAAUUUAUUGAAACGGCAGAAAAAGAAUAAUGAAAAUAAUGUUAUUGAUCUUUCUCAAUGUGAUGAUCUACUUUCAAUUAACGAAGCAGCAAUGAACUCUCCAAUAUCCUCGACCAGUAAAGGAGGAACACGUUUAAAGAAAUUUAAAACUUUUGACAACACUCGAAGUCAUUUAAUUGGACCUUCAUACACAAGUUCUCCGAUAUCCAAUUUCCUUAAUGUUGAAACUAAUAAUCAAUCUCCGAUAUUGCCAGCAUCUACACUACAAAUUAAUGAUAGCGAUGACGAAUUUGAUAAACUUGUAAAUAAAUAUAAUCCUGUUUCUCCAAUACCGGCAAAGAAGUCUAAAGUUCCACGAUCGAAGUUAACUGCAAUAAAUGAAGAAGUUAGAAUUGAACCGCCAGCAAGCAACAUUCUUCCAACGGAUCAGAACUUGGAAGACAAUCUUGAGGAUGAUUUCAAUUACAUCUCAGUUGAUGAUAUUAAUGUACUUGACUAUAACAUAAUUUUAUUAGUGGACAUUCAGGAAACAUCAGGGAAACAAAAACCAUCUGCACAAGAUAUGACGAGUAAACUUCGUGAAAGCAAUGUUUCCCAUCACGUAAGAAAAUUAAAUGUUGGCGAUUUUGUGUGGAUUGCGCAACAUAAAAAUGACAAAAGCAAAGAACUUGUUCUUCCCUAUAUUAUCGAAAGAAAGCGUUUAGAUGACCUCAGUAGUAGUAUUAAAGACGGUCGUUUUCAUGAACAAAAAUUUCGUCUAAAACAAUGUGGAAUUGAAAAUGUUAUUUAUCUGAUCGAGAAUCACAUUAAGAAUGGGAAAAUUCAAUGUGGACUUCCAUUUACAACUUUACUUCAAGCUGCUACAAAUACACAAAUCCAUAGCAAUUUUGAAGUUAAAUUCACAGAAAGUCAUCAACACACAAUUUUAUUUUUAACCGUCAUGACUUCGUUCAUCGAAAAUAUUUUCAAGAACAAAUCGCCAAUGAAAUUUAAAAUGCUGGAAUUUAAUGCUUUCAAUCAAUCAUCUGUAAAGCAACGAAAAUGUACAGUUCGGGAAACUUUCAUCAAGCAGCUUUUAGUUUUGAAGGGAUUAUCAGUUGAUAUCGCUUUGGAGAUCACAAAAUAUUAUCCAACUCCAAGCGAUCUCUACAAUAAAUAUUCCAGUUUACGUAAAGCUGAAGGCGAAGCUCUUCUUAGUAAAAUUACAAUAGGAGAAUUAAAGCGAAAAAUUCCAAUUACAAUCAGCAAGACCAUUUAUCAUUUUUACACUUGUGAUAAAGUUUAAAAUAUGAAAAAUGUUCAAAAGCUUUCUGAACAAGAACUUCGAAGUAGCAACAAAACUUCAUGGCACGAUCAGUAUCGUAAUAGCGCAUGGAUUUUCGUUGGUGGAUUACCAUACGAUCUUUCAGAAGGUGACAUUAUUUGUGUGUUUUCACAGUAUGGAGAAAUAGCAAACAUCAAUCUUAUAAGAGAUAAAAAAAGUGGAAAACAAAAAGGCUUCUGCUUUAUUUGUUACGAAGACCAACGUUCAACGAUCUUAGCUGUUGACAAUUUAAAUGGGAUAAAACUUUUAGGGAAAACUUUGAGAGUUGAUCAUGUGUCUGAUUACAAACCACCAAAAGAUCAUGAAGAUUAUGACGACAUCACAAGAAAUCUGCAUAAUCAAGGAUGUGCACCUGUCCCACAGAUCUCUGAAUCCAAAAUUAAAAAAGAGAAACAUAGAAAGUGAACAUUCACUUCAGUAUAAAAAAUUAUUAAAAUCAAUUUUAAGCAAACAAUGACGCAUUUUUGUUAUAUUUACUCAGAGAACGUAUUAAAAAUAAAAACAAAAUCUUAAAUUUAA